AUGCCCAGAAAACGAGUGAACCGAUCCCCGCCGGUUGAGAAACGGACUGACGAUGCGGAUGACGACGAUUUCUUCUUUGAUGAUACUCAAUCAAAUUCAGGUCGGAGUUCACAAGAGCCACAACACAGAAACGCCGCCAACGCACGGGAGCGAGCUCGAAUGAGAGUCCUCUCGAAAGCAUUCUGCAGACUGAAAACCACACUACCCUGGGUACCAGCAGACACGAAGCUCUCCAAGCUAGACACACUGCGACUGGCAGCAUCAUACAUAGCACACCUACGAGCUUUGCUACAUGAGCCGAGAUCUGCGCACACGCCGCCGCAUCCUCUCAGCUUGGCCUGGCCUUUCGCCUUCCAACACGGUGGAACCCUGAGCUGCGCCAUAUCACAACGAUGGAAUAUUAACCCUCCAAACAACGACUCUUCAAGCAGAAACGUCCAGCCUCCAAGAGAGAACGCCCAAGACAGUCAUACACACUGCGACGGUUACCAAGAAUACCCCGAAAAUGAUUACGAAGAACGUUGCUAUGAAGAAAUGAACACGAACGAGUCAUGCGCAGCAAAUAUGCAAUAUUGUAACUACGGUUAUAAAGAUAAUUAUUAUGAAAUGAGAAAUGAUAUGAGAAAUUCUUACGCGUCUGAUACCAUGAUGAAUUGA